GCCUAGCUCCUAGCGGCACAGAGAGCGCCGAGAGAAGCAAGAUGGCAGACGUGCUGGAUCUUCACGAGGCGGGGGGCGAGGAUUUCGCCAUGGAUGAGGAUGGAGACGAAAGCAUCCACAAAUUAAAAGAAAAAGCGAAGAAACGGAAGGGCCGCGGUUUUGGCUCCGAAGAGGGGUCCCGAGCGCGGAUGCGGGAGGAUUAUGACAGUGUGGAGCAGGAUGGCGAUGAACCUGGACCACAGCGCUCUGUUGAAGGUUGGAUUCUCUUUGUCACUGGAGUCCAUGAAGAAGCCACUGAAGAAGAUAUCCAUGACAAAUUCGCUGAAUAUGGAGAAAUAAAAAAUAUCCACCUUAAUUUGGACAGGCGCACAGGAUAUUUGAAGGGGUAUACUCUAGUUGAAUAUGAAACAUACAAAGAGGCUCAGGCUGCCAUGGAGGGACUAAACGGUCAAGACUUGAUGGGGCAACCAAUCAGUGUCGACUGGUGUUUUGUUCGUGGUCCACCAAAGGGCAAGAGGAGAGGAGGCCGAAGACGAAGCAGGAGUCCAGAUCGGAGACGUCGUUGAUAAAUCCUCUGUUGACCAUGUGGUCUCUCUAUGAGUCCAUUUGGUUAUGCUGUCUUGGAUAACCAGGGCUAGAGCGGACCUUGUGUUUAUAUUUAAUUUCUUACCCUGUCUACUUGGUAUUGCUUUGAGUUUAAGAAAAAAAAAAUAAAUGUUCCAUUUUGUUUUCUACA